AUGGACUCCGACGCGACGGGUGAUUCCCCGUCUCUCCCUUGGCGGGCAAUGUCCAACACGACGAUGUGGGGUGUGGCCGGACUAUGUCGCGCCUUCUUGUCGGGCCUGUGUAAUGCUGAUGCGCAUGGCGUUGAGGCUUUCACGGAGUUGUUGGACUCGAGGCGGGAUCUAUCGCAAAGAACGAAAGGUUUAAUCACAGUAUCGAACCAUAUCAGUGUGUACGUUUCAUUCAAUAGCCUCAACGAUGGGAUGCCUCGUAUGGACGAUCCGUUGUUAUGGGGGAUACUACCUCCUCGAUUUUGGAAUAAACGGUGGUCUUUCGGUAGCCACGAUAUCUGUUACCAGACCAGACCACUGUCGUUUUUCUUUACCAUGGGACAAGUGUUACCAACACACCGUCUCCUUCAUUCACCAUUCGGUGGACUCGGCCAACCGGCCAUCACUGAGGCUAUUCGAUUAUUGUCAAAGGGUCCCUUCCCCGUCGAUCACCACCGCGCUGCCCCCGAACUUCAGCACUACAGCCUCCAAAACGUCUGCGUUGAUCCCUUCUCCGACCUGUCCGUCGCAUAUACUACCAACGGGGACGAUGCGCAUCUAGCGCCUUCCGCAUAUUCAUGCAAUUCAUAUUCCUGGGUUCACAUCUUCCCCGAAGGCAAGAUCCAUCAAUCUCCGCGCAAGACCAUGCGAUACUUCAAAUGGGGUGUUGCACGGCUCAUUUUGGAGGCAAAGGAGUGUCCGGACGUGGUUCCGAUGUGGAUCGAAGGAUUCGAUCAAAUUAUGCAUGAAAGUCGAGAAUUCCCUCGAUUCCUGCCUCGGCCAGGCAAGAAGGUCGAUGUAACUUUUGGUUCGAAAGUCGACACUGAAGCCGUCUUUGGGGACAUGAGAUCGCGCUGGCAGAAGUUGAAAUCCAAGGUGGAAGCCUCGGAUCCCAAAUCUCGAGACCUGCCUGUCGGUGUACUGAGUGACGAGCUGUUGCACAAUAAGGAAGCUGUGGAGCUACGCAAGGAAGUUACACUGAAGAUCCGCAACCUUGUACUGGAUGUACGCAAAUCCCGUGGCUUGCCAGACGAAGACCCUAAGGAGGGACUUGUGGAGACAUGGCUUGAGGAAGGCCCUAAGCGAGAAGGGCAUAUGAAAGACGACUCGUGGGUUAGAGAUAUCUGA